AUGGGUUCCAUUACAGAGCGCGCCAUUCCGGCGGGGAGUCUUGUCGUCGUGAGUGGAGCAAAUGGUUUUAUCGCAAGUCAUGUUGUUGAUCAGCUUCUGCUGGCUGGCUAUCGUGUCAGGGGGACUGUUCGGAACUCCCAGAAGUCUGCUUGGCUAAUUGAUUACUUUGGCAACAAAUAUGGUCCCGGCAAGUUCGAGCUGAUUGAGGUGCCGGAGAUGGCCGAGGAUGGAGCUUUCGACGAGGCCGUAAAGGGCGCCUCUGGAUUCAUUCACACCGCAACACCGGUCAUGGUGUCGUACGAUCCAAAUGAAGGCAUCCCCAUUGUGGUAAAUGGCACUGUGAACGCGCUCAAAGCUGCGGCUGGCGAGCCCUCAGUCAAACGCUUUGUGCUGACUUCGUCCUCCACUGCUGCGAUCAGUCCGAAGCCGAAUGUCGAGUUCAGCGCAGAUGAAACGACUUGGAAUGAGGAAGCAGUAAAAGCAGCCUGGGCACCUCCGCCCUACGAAGGUGAACAAAGAAAGCUCGACGUGUAUUCCGCCAGUAAAACACAAGGCGAGCAGGCCGCUUGGAAGUUCAUGAAAGAGGAAAAGCCUGGUUUUGUCCUGAACACAGUCCUCCCAAACUGCAACAUGGGUCUGGUGCUCUCACCUGAGCAUCAAGGGGCGCCAAGCACGGUCGGCUGGCUAAAGGCACUCUGGAACGGGUUCAAGGGGCAAGAGAAACUCGCAUUCAACCCGCCGCAGUACUAUGUGAACGUGCAAGACAAUGCACGUAUCCACGUUGGUGCCUUGAUUUGUCCGGAUGUCCUAGGAGAGCGCUUGUUUGCCUUUGCCUACCCUUUCAACUGGAACGAUAUUCUGGCCGUGUAUAGGAAAUUGUACCCUGAACACAAAUUCCUGGAUGAUCUCCCAGAUCUCGGCAGGGAUCUCAGUAAGAUCUCUAACGAAAGGGCGGAGGAAAUUGUGAAACGAUUUGGAAGACCAGGGUGGACGAACUUGGAGGACACGAUCCGUGACACUACGAAGGAUUGGGCUUGA